AUGGACGGAAUGGAUAUGGGAACUACGACUUCCUCAGUCGCAUCUGCAAUUUCCACCAUGGCUAGCAUGACUGGUAUGUCCGGCAUGUCAAUGGCUUCAACAAUUUCUUCUGCCAUUUCUUCAGCAACUGCAACUGCCUCCAGCAUGUCUGGAAUGUCUGGCAUGUCUGGCAUGUCGAUGGCUUCUACCGUUUCCUCUGCUGUUGCUACUGCCGCUAUGUCUAUGGCUUCCUCAGCUUCUGCUACUGCUACCGGAAUGUCUGGCAUGUCUGGAAUGUCUGGUAUGAGUGCUAGUGCAUCUACUGCUGCCGCUUCAGCUUCUUCUACCUCUUCUUCAAUGUCCAUGUCUAUGAGCUCUGGUUCUUCUUGCAAAAUUUCCAUGUUGUGGAACUGGUAUACCAUUAACUCAUGUUUCCUUGCCCGUUCAUGGCACGUCAAGACCAGAGGUCAGUUUGCUGGUACUUGUAUUGGUGUCAUCUGCAUUUGCAUUCUUGUUGAAAUUGUUAGACGCAUCCAGAGAGAAUACGACAGAUACCUUCUUCGUAGAUGGACUGAAAAGUCCUCUGCAUUCCGUGACAAUGGCAGCUCCGAUGGCUCUCAAAAUCUCAAGCAAAAUGUUCCCGCUAUUCAAUACGUUCUCCAAGAUCCCAUCUUCCCAGUUCUCAGAAGCAACCCUAAUGCCGUUCACUACACACCAUCGAUCUUUUCGCAAGCAAUUCGUGCUGGAUUAUAUCUUCUUCAAUAUGCUGGAGCUUACUUUAUUAUGCUUUUCGCUAUGUACUACAACGGUUACGUCAUUAUUUGCAUCUUCAUUGGUGGGUUCUUGGGCAACUUUUUGUUUGGUGGUGAUACCUUCAAGCCAGCUUGUCCUGGAGAGUUUGGUGAAGCAAAGCCAAGUAAAACUUGUUGCUGCUAA